GUUCUCUCUAUUCCCAUCGCUAGCAUCUUGAUUUGAUUGAAUAUAUUCAUUCCCUCUCACUGGCUCCACCGGGCUGAUCCACGCCUGUGCAAAUUCCUCGCUCCGCUAUCAGUGCCCGCACUCGUCCUCUUCCUCUGUUUCUUCUUCCAUCUCCCUUCCGAUUAAUAUUGAUCGUGGACAUAUCAUCUAGAUUUUCGCCAUGAGUGUCGUCGGUAUUGAUCUCGGUGCCCAAAGCACCAAAAUUGGUGUGGCUCGCAACAAGGGUAUUGAUAUUAUCGCAAAUGAAGUCUCAAAUAGAUCCACGCCGUCUCUUGUUGGAUUCGGCCCGAAAAGUAGAUACUUGGGCGAGGCAGCGAAGACGCAGGAGGUGUCCAAUCUCAAGAACACCGUCAUUGGCCUCAAGCGUCUCAUCGGUCGCAGCCUGUCAGACCCGGAUGUGCAGGUUGAAAAGGAAUACAACUCGGUUGCUUUCUGCGACGUCGAGGGCCAGGUCGGCGUUGAGGUCUCGUACCUUGGUAAGAAGGAGAAGUUUAGCGCAACCCAGCUGGUUGCCAUGUACCUGAACAAGAUCAAGCAGACCGCCUCGCAUGAGAUCAAACUGGGUGUUUCGGAUGUUGUUAUUAGUGUGCCCGCCUGGUUCACAGACGUGCAGCGCAGGGCAAUGUUGGAUGCUGCUGAUAUCGCUGGCCUUAAGGCGCUUAGACUCAUCAACGACACUACCGCUAUCGCUCUCGGUUACGGUAUUACCAAAUUAGACCUUCCCGGUCCGGAGGAGAAGCCGCGCCGAGUCGUAUUCGUUGAUAUUGGCCACAGCAACUACACUGUCUCUAUUGUUGAGUUCCGCAAAGGAGAGCUCAAUGUGAAGUCCACCGCAUGGGACCGCCACUUUGGUGGCCGAAACUUCGACAAGGCGCUUACCGAGCACUUUGCCGACGAGUUCAAAGACAAAUUUAAGAUCGACAUCCGUAGCAACCCUAAGGCUUGGGCUCGUACAUUGACCGCGGCUGAGAAGUUGAAGAAGGUACUUUCGGCAAAUGCUCAGGCUCCUUUGAGUAUCGAGUCCUUGAUGGACGACAUCGAUGUGCGCGCCAUGGUCAAACGUGAGGAGUUGCAGGAGAUGGUUAAACCUCUUUUGGAACGAAUUCCCGUGCCUCUGGAACAAGCUCUUGCAGAGGCGAAAUUGAAACCCGAGGAUAUCGAUAGCAUUGAGAUGGUUGGUGGAUCUACCCGUGUGCCUAUCAUCAAGGAGACCGUUAGCAAUUUCUUCGGAAAGCCCCUAUCCUUCACUCUGAACCAAGACGAGGCAAUUGCUCGUGGCUGCACAUUCAGCUGUGCCAUCCUGUCUCCCGUCUUCCGUGUUCGUGACUUUUCCGUUCACGAUAUCGUCAACUACCCCAUUGAGUUCACUUGGGAACAAUCCCCAGAAAUCCCAGACGAGGAUACCAGCUUGACGGUUUUCAACAAAGGCAAUGUCCUUCCUUCUACCAAGAUCUUGACUUUCUACCGAAGACAACCAUUUGACUUGGAGGCUCGCUACGUGAAGCCUGAGGCACUGCCAGGCAAGGUCAACCCUUGGAUUGGACGAUUCUCUGUCAAGGGAGUCCAGGCCCAGGACAACAACGAAUUUAUGAUCUGCAAGCUCAAGGCCCGUCUCAACUUACACGGUAUCCUCAAUGUCGAGUCUGGCUACUAUGUGGAAGACGUCGAGGUUGAGGAGCCCGUCGAAGAACCCAAAGAGGGCGACAAGAAGGACUCUGAUACCAUGGAUACGGACACCACCAACGGUGAAGGUGAAAAGAAGACUCGCAAGGUCAAGAAACAGGUUCGCAAGGGCGAACUGCCAAUCUCCAGCGGAACUGCUGCCCUUGAAGACGUGACCAGGAAUGCUUGGACCGAGAAAGAAAACGCCAUGACGAUGGAAGACAAAUUGGUUGCCGACACUGACGAGAAGAAGAACGAGCUUGAAUCCUACAUUUACGAACUCCGCGACAAGGUCGAAACAACAUACGCAGAGUUCUCCAGCGAGGAAGAGAAGGAGAAGCUGCGCGCCAAGCUGACUGAGGCUGAAGACUGGCUUUACGAAGAAGGCGAGGACACCACCAAGGCUAUCUAUGUUUCAAAGAUGGAAGAGAUCCGCUUCAUCGCCGGACCCAUCAUCCAGCGAUACAUGGACAAGAUCGAAGCCGAGCGCCAGGCCGUUUUAAAGGCUCAAGAGGAGGCAGCCGCCAAGAAGAAGGCCGAGCAAGACGCGAAAAAGAAGGCUGAAGAGGAAGCCAAGAAGGCGGCCGAAGAACAAAAACCAGAGAGCGCGGACGCGGAGAUGAAAGACGUGCCAGCAGAGGGCGAGGGAGCCGAGUAAAAACCAAACAGACCAAGAAGAAUUUCCUAUUGUGGAGAAAACCUCUUUUUUUUUAAUAAAUCAUGACACACAUGAUAUCGAAGUGUGAUAUGUAUUGUCAGGUCCAGCAUUUUCAAUCCUGGAAUAACGGCAGUCUUUCUACAAAAUUCAACGUGAAUGAAGUGACGGAUGGUAAUGAAUCGAGCAACAUUGAUGAACGCCUGCAGAAUACAAUACAAACAUGCUAUGCUACUGGCGUGAGGGAUGGGGGCUGUUCAUUAGUAAGGAAUUAGACUAGAUCUUAUACAAAUAUUCAAUAUUUGCAUGUGCCUUCAGCUUGUGGCGAUUACGGUCAAUAAAAUACUAGAAUA